UCUCUAUGACUUAAUAAAGACAAUGUUAUUUGUUCUGGUGUUCACAUUGGAUGCUCAAGUUUCAUUUGCCGUUGAUUUGUUUUUAGUUAUCUUGUUUUUGUUGAAUGGAGUUGUUACUUUGUGGAUUUCGGAGCUGUUGUAAAGUUCUUUUUGUGGUUUCUGCCAUAAGUUGAACACUUUGCAAAUCCGAAUUGAAAGAGGUUGUUUUUGAGCUUAUAUAUGCCCUGUUCAAAUUAUACGGAUUGGUGGUUUUCAAGUUCGUGUUGUCUAGCAAAGCUUCUGGGAUCGAUGCUUUCAGUUUCAGAUGAAGGGAGUUGCAAAUCCGUAUUGCUUCAGCAACUAAGCAUUCAGAGUACAAGUUCCGGGAAAAUGACGCAGAAUUGCAGAAAGCCUUGGAAACAUUUUGGAGCUUAAUAACAUGGGCAUUUCAUCUUAUGUUGAGUCAUAGUGGGAUUCUGAAAGUAAAAAUAUUGUGUACAACCAUUGAAACUUACUCAUAUGAGACAUAACUUAUUGACCCUUGUCACCCUUCUGCCUAGUAGCAAAUUAUAACCACAAUGAUCUGGUUUAUGAUUAUUGAUCCCUAGUACUUCAAAUAGAGAUUAUUUGAUGACUUGCCGUUUUAGGGAGGAUUGCUCUCGGAAGUUUUGACCCACAGAAGUUUUAGGGAGGAUUGCUCACAGAAGUUUUAACCCACACCCACUUUUAUUGAUAGAUGUGGGAAAGGGAUUACUUGGAACUUCCUUGUUCCUCUUGGAUGGGUGUGCUUCUCUGCAUUUCUUUUCUAGCAUGUGCCCAAGCUUCAUCUUCUUGUAUUUUCCCAGAAGAUUAGUCUGAUCUGCCCUAGUCCCGCCAUACCACAUUCCCUCAGACCAUUGCUUUUUCAUUCCUCAUGACUUUUGCUCAGUGUUCAAUUUCCGACAUGUUUCAACAUUGUAACAUCAUGAUAUUGCAGCCAGUGGCAGGAUUUGCUUUUGUCUAUAUGGAGGAUGAGCGAGAUGCUGAGUAUGCAAUUAGAAGACUUGACAGGACAGAAUUUGGUAGAAAAGGGCGUCGACUUCGUGUGGAGUGGACUAAGCAAGAACGUGGGAGAAGGUCUGGAGAUUCAAGAUCUUCAGCUAACACUAAACCUUCAAAAACCUUGUUUGUCAUUAAUUUUGAUCCAGUUCAUACUAAGACAAGAGAUUUGGAGAGGCACUUUGAUCAAUAUGGGAAAAUACUAAAUGUAAGGAUCAGAAGGAACUUUGCGUUCGUUCAGUUUGAAUCGCAGGAUGAAGCUACCAAAGCGCUAGAUGGAACAAACAUGAGCAAGUUAAUGGAUCGAGUUAUUUCCGUUGAAUAUGCUGUUCGUGAUGAUGACGAUAGAAGAAAUGGGCACAGUCCUGAUCAGAGAGGUCGUGAUAUAUCUACUGAUAGAGGCUACGAUCGUGGCCGUGGGCGAUCCCGUAGUCCACACCUUAGAGAUAGGACUAGUCCUGACUAUGGCCGUGGAUCUCAUCCAAAUUCCAGACCUCAACCGAGAGGAAGUCCCAGUUAUGAUAGAGCUACAAGUCCAGAUGAUGGUAGAUAUGACAGCCCGUCGCCACUGCCAUUUACAAGGGAAAAAUCACGGUCCAUGUAGCGUGACAAAGUUUUAUUGUAGUGCUUGGUAGGUUUUAUAUUCUGCGGUUGACAUUCUAAAUCUUGUUUGUUUGACUUGUUGGUAAGUCUAAACUCUCAGGUGAUGAAUUUGAAUCUUAAUGCACCUUUGAAUCACGAAGUUUUUAAUC